CACUUAUCUCGCAGUGCGUUUAUAUUAGACAGUACAGUAAAGAAGAACCCAACUGCUAUGAUGCAGGUGAUUCAGUGAGGCUGUUAUAAAUACUGUAGGUUGGUAGAGCUGUGUAUCAGUAAAGUAUUGCGCGAGAGCACAAAGAAUGGAAGCAACCAUUACGAACUGAUUAACUGGCUGAAGUGAUUGUAGUCGACACUACAAUGAGCGGGAAAGGGAAACAGGGGACGUGAAGCAAUCAUUGCUCCGCCUGCCAAUCACAGCCGGUCCCUCCCCAGCCUCUCUGAAACAAACUCACAGCGAGACUUUAUACGAGGAGCUUGUCGCUACCCUGCAGGUGAGAGGACUCACAGCACUCUGCCUGGAUCCCCAGCCAGAAAAAAUGGAACAGGAGAGUUACCUGAACAUGGAUGAGUUAGAUGAUGAUGUGUUUUAUCCUGAUGCAUUUGGAUACCCAGAUCAGACCAUAACUUCCUCCUCAUUAUUCAACCAGAGCCAGUCCUACACAUGCCUGCUCGGCCGCUUUCACCUCUUCCCAUUUUCUCACUGUUGUGGCCCUGGAUGCAGGGGCACAGACAACGAGGACAAGGCUACACAGACUCUGGGGUCACCUUCUCAGGACAUCAUGCUACCAUGUGGGGUGUCUGAAACUCCUCAAAGACUUUUUUAUGGUAAGGAGGCCUUAUCAGAGAUAUACCGUAUGUUUAAUGCUUCAAUCCCACAUGAAUCUCAUAGAUUCCAUAGACUUUUUCAAGUAUGAUACUGGCCUCUGUUUUCAAGAUUUAAUAAUUUCAUGCAUUGUGUACAAUAACUUAUUUCCCUUGCAGUAGUGCAGUGUGCCACUGGAGAAAAGGGUAGAAGGUUUUAAGAUAUUGUUACCUUCCAUAACACUGAUGCUGCACUCAAAUUUUGCUUGUCUACAACUCCCAGCACACAGCGUUGGAAAUGUAGUCUAGCAAUAUAAAGCAACAAACAACUACACUAUUGGAUAUGUGUGAUCUAUUAAUAAAGUAAGAUUUCAGCAAUAA